CAGCCCAGUGAAUCAACCCCAUAUUGGAGGUUGAGAAAGAGAAAGAAAGGAGGACCAUGGGGGUGAGCCUGGGGCAGGAAGUAGGCUGGUUCCUGCCUUUCCUGUUUCUGCUAUUUAUGAUCACAGUGUCACCCACCCAAAGUCAAGGAUGUCCUCAACGAUGUGAUUGCAUUGCCAAGCUCAAGACUGUGUCUUGCUAUGGUAAACGUCUUUCUGCGCUGCCAGAGGGUAUCCCGCAAGACACCAAGAUCCUGGACGUCAGUGGGAAUAAACUUCGAUGGGUAGUGCACGGCGAUCUGCUUCCAUAUACAUGCCUGGAAAAGCUGGAUCUAAGUGAGAAUAUGAUCAGUGUCCUGGAACCGAAUGCUUUUUCUAGUCUUCAGAACUUGCAGUCGCUUUCAUUAAGAGGUAAUCAGUUAAAGCUGGUGCCCAUGGGGGCUUUCUCACGACUUACCAACUUAACUUCAUUGGACCUGAGUGGAAACAAGAUUGUAAUUCUUCUGGACUUUACCUUCCAAGAUCUAAAAAGUCUUAAGAACUUGGAGGUUGGAGAUAAUGAUCUGGUAUAUAUUUCUAACAAGGCCUUUUUGGGCCUUGUUGGACUGAGAGAGCUUACAAUUGAAAGGUGCAACCUGACGUCAGUGUCCAGCCAGUCUUUAUCUUACCUGCAUAACCUGGUGACGCUACGGCUCCGCUACCUCAGUAUUUCUGCUUUAGAGGACCAGAACUUCCGGAGGCUGGGAAACCUGAGGGGCCUGGAGAUUGAUCACUGGCCCUUUUUGGAGUACAUCUCUCCUCACAGCCUGCAGGGUCUUAACUUGUCUUGGUUGUCUAUUACACACACCAACAUCACCUCUGUGCCCACCUCUGCCCUCCGCAGUUUGCCUCAUCUCACCAGCCUCAAUCUCUCCUACAACCCGAUUUCUGUGCUGGAAUCCUGGGCUCUGCGGGAUCUCAUCAGGCUGAAGGAGCUGCAUCUCGUCAGCACUAAUCUGGUUGUAGUUCAACCUUAUGCGCUUGGUGGUCUAAGACAAAUUCGCCUUCUUAACUUUUCCACUAACGGCCUGGUGACCUUGGAAGAGGGAGCUUUCCAGUCUGUCAACACUCUGGAGACCUUGCGCUUGGAUGGAAACCCUUUGGCAUGCGACUGCCGACUCCUCUGGAUCCUUCAGCGCAGGAAGACUCUGAAUUUUGACGGCGCGUCCCCGGUGUGUAUGACACCUGUUGAGGUGCAAGGACGAGCUCUCAACGCUUUCUCUGACUCAGCUCUCUUUGACCACUUCACCUGCCAGAAGCCCAAAAUCCGCAACAGGAAAUUGCAACAGAUAUCUGCCCGGGAGGGGCAGGUGGUGUCAUUCAUUUGCAGAGCAGAAGGGGAACCAACACCAGUCAUAUUCUGGAUUUCUCCUCAGCGUCGCCGCAUCACAACAAAAAGCAGCGGCCGCCUGACUGUUUUACCAGAGGGCACACUGGAAAUCCGGUAUGCCCAGGUGACGGAUAGUGGAACAUACAUCUGCAUAGCCAGCAAUGCUGGUGGGAACGACACUUAUUUUGCCACACUUACAGUAAGUGGGCUGCCCCUCGACGCAGCUCUCAUGGCCAACCGUACCUACUACACUGGGGAUCUUAAUGACACAAAUCUAAAUGAUACCAGAGUCUUUUUGAAGUUCACUCUGGACCUCAAGACCAUUCUCAUAUCUACUGCAAUGGGCUGUAUAAUGUUUCUGGGUGUUGUCCUGUUCUGUUUCAUUCUGCUGUUUGUUUGGAGUCGAGGCAGAGGACAGCACAAAAACAAUUUCUCUGUCGAAUAUUCUUUCAGAAAAGUGGACGGACCGAGUGGAGCCAGUGGAGGGCAGGGUGGAGCACGAAAAUUCAACAUGAAAAUGAUUUGAUUUUUCUACCCUCUUUUUCUUUUUUUUUUUUUUUUUUAGUAUCUUCCAGUGAAUAUGGUUUACAAGCAACUAAUACAUAAGGGGAUAUUAA